CAAAAUGUCCAUUCUUUCUUUGCACCACAGUGAGCAUCUCCCUCUCUAUCAGGAUGCAGAAGGCCUCUGUGCUCCUCUUCUUAGCCUGGAUCUGUUUGCUUUUCUACGCUGGCAUUGCACUCUUCACCAGUGGCUUCCUUCUCACCCGUUUGGAGCUCACCAACCAAAGCAGCUGUCAAGAGCCCCCAGGCACUGGCUCCCUGCCGUGGGGAAGCCAAGGAAAGCCGGGGGCCUGCUGGAUGCCUUCUCGCUUCUCCAGAGUUGUGUUGGUGCUGAUAGACGCUCUGCGGUUUGACUUUGCCCAGCCCCAGCGCUCACGGGCGGCCGGGGAACCCCCUGUCUCCGUGCCUUUCCUGGGAAAAUUAGGCUCCUUGCAGAGGAUUCUAGAGACUCAACCCCACCAUGCCCGGCUAUACCGGUCUCAGGUGGACCCCCCCACGACCACCAUGCAGCGUCUGAAGGCUCUCACCACUGGCUCGCUGCCUACCUUUAUUGAUGCUGGCAGUAACUUUGCCAGCCACGCCAUAGUGGAAGACAAUCUCAUUAAACAGCUCAACAGUGCAGGAAGACGGAUCGUCUUCAUGGGAGAUGACACGUGGGAAGACCUCUUCCCAGGAGCCUUUUCCCAAGCUUUCUUCUUCUCCUCCUUCAAUGUCAGAGACCUGCACACAGUGGACAACGGCAUCCUGGAACACCUCUACCCCACCCUGGACAGCGGUGCAUGGGACGUGCUGAUUGCGCACUUCCUGGGUGUGGAUCACUGCGGUCACAAGCAUGGCCCUCAUCACCCUGAAAUGGCCAAGAAACUUAGCCAGAUGGACCAGGUGAUCCAGGGACUUAUGGAACGUCUGGAGAAUGACACACUGCUGGUGGUAGCUGGUGACCAUGGAAUGACCAUGAACGGGGACCAUGGAGGGGACAGUGAGCUGGAGGUGUCAGCUGCACUUUUCCUAUACAGCCCCACAGCCCUCUUCCCGAGUGCCCCACCAGAGGAGCCAGAGGUUAUCCCUCAGGUCAGCCUGGUGCCCACGCUGGCACUGCUGCUAGGCCUGCCCAUCCCGUUUGGGAACAUCGGGGAAGUGAUGGCCGAGCUCUUCUCAGGCGGCAGUGACUCCCAGCCUCAGGCCUCUGCUCUAGCCCAAGUCUCAGCUCUCCUUAUCAAUGCCCAGCAGGUGUCCCGAUUCCUUCAGACCUAUUCAGCCUCCACUGAGGAUCUCCAAGUUAAAGAACUUCACCGGCUGCAGAAGGUCUUCUCCAAGGCCUCGGCUAGCUACCAGCAACUUCUGCGGAACCCCCAAGAGGCCAAGGCCGCGCUGAGCACCCUGACUGCUGACCUGCAGCAGUUCCUGCGGGGAGCUCGGGCAAUAUGCAUCGAGUCCUGGGCCCGCUUCUCUCUGGUCCGAAUGGCGGGGGGUGCUGCCCUGUUGGCUGCCGCCUGCCUCCUCUGCCUGCUCGCAUCCCAGCUGGUGGUGUCCCCAGGCUUUCUCUUCCGACCACUGCUGCUAAUUCCUGUAGCCUGGGGCCUCACUUGGGCCGUACUCUAUGCUGGACUCUUGGUAACUACUGGGUCAAAGCUGGAUUUAGUGGCUCUAGGGGCUGUGGCUGCAGCAGGUUCACUCCUCCCUUUUCUGUGGAAAGUUUGGGCCAGCUGGGGGUCCCAGAGGUCCCUGGCGCCCCUCCUUCCCGCCCCUAGACCUGUCCUGUUACUCCUGCUUAUUCGCUUGGCCACCUUCUUCUCCGAUAGUUUUGUCGUUGCUGAGGCCAGGGCCACCCCCUUCCUUCUGGGCUCUCUCGUCCUGUACCUGGUUGCUCAGCUUCACUGGGAGGGCCAGCUGCUGUCACCUAAACUGCUCACAGUUUCCCGUCCCGGCUCUUGUGCCCCAACAGGCCCCCCACGGCAUGGUGGCACAUACACCCUGAAGCUUGGAGUUGGGUUGCUUUUAUGUACAAGGCUAGCUGGGUUCUUUCACCGCUGCCCUGAAGAGACACCUGCUUGCCACUCCUCUCCCUGGCUGACCCCUCUGGCAUCUCUAGUGGGAGGUCGAGCCAAGAACUUGUGGUAUGGAGCUUGUGUGGGGGCACUGGUGUCCCUGUUAGUUGUUGUUCGCCUGUGGCUUCGCCGCUAUGCUAAUCUCAAGAGCCCUGAGCCUCCUGUGCUCUUCAUGCGCUGGGGGUUGCCUCUCAUGGUCCUGGGCACAGCUGCCUACUGGGCCUUGGCGUCGGGGGCAGAUGAAGUACCACCACGGCUCCAGGCCCUGGUUGCCGGGGCGACCGUCGUGUUGCCCCGGGCCGUGGUGGGGCUUGCGGCCUCCGGCCUCCUGCUUCUGCUGUGGAGGCCUGUGACGGUGCUGGUGAAGGCUGGGGCUGAUGCUUCGAGGACCAGGACAAUCCUCACUCCCUUCUCAGGUCCCCCUACAUCUCGGGCUGAUCUAGAUUACGUGGUCCCACAAAUCUACCGCCACAUGCAGGAGGAGUUCCAGGACCGCCUGGAGAAGACCAAAGCUCGGGGUCCUGUGACUGUGGCUGCGUAUCAGUUGGGAAGUGUCUACUCAGCUGCGGUGGUCAUGGCACUCACCCUCUUGGCCUUCCCACUCCUGCUGUUGCACGUGGAGCGAGUCAGCCUGGUGUUCCUGCUCCUCUUCCUGCAGAGCUUCCUCCUCCUGCACCUGCUAGCUGUGGGGACGCCGCCGGUCGCCACCGCUGGUCCUUUUACUGUGCUGUGGCAGGCAGUCUCAGCUUGGACCCUUUUGGCCACCCAGACCUUCUACUCCACAGGCCACCAGCCUGUCUUCUCAGCCAUCCAUUGGCCUGCAGCCUUCGUGGGAUUCCCAGAAGGCCACGGCUCCUGCACUUGGUUGCCCGCUUUACUAGUGGGUGCUAACACCUUCGCCUCCCACCUUCUCUUUGCAGUAGGUUGCCCACUGCUCCUGCUCUGGCCCUUCCUGUGUGAGAGUCAAGGGCCAAGGAAGAGGCAGCAGCUCCCAGGGAGUGAAGCUGAGGCCAGAGUCAGGCCCGAGGAGGAGAGCGAGGAGCCACUGAUGGAGAUGCGCCUCCGGGACGCUCCGCAUCACUUCAGCGCAGCCCUGUUGCAGCUGGGCCUCAAGUACCUGUUUGUUCUGGGAGUCCAGAUUCUAGCCUGUGCCUUGGCAGCUUCCAUCCUCCGCAGGCAUCUCAUGGUGUGGAAGGUGUUUGCCCCCAAGUUCAUCUUUGAAGCCAUGGGUUUCAUCGUGAGUAGUGUGGGACUUCUCCUGGGCAUAGCUCUGGUGAUGCGAGUGGACUGUGCUGUGAGUUCCUGGUUCAGGAAACUAGUCCUGGCCCAGCAGAGGUAGCCCAGGCUCUGCAUGUUGGCGCCUGACCACAGAGAGAGCUGCAGACUAAUCCGGCCUAACCUGUGCCGGUGCUGGAUCUUCGGCAAGAGACUCAGACGUGCCUCUUCCCACCACGUGCCAGAGCCAGCUUACUCUGGGACGUCGUCACCUGAGCCUGAGCCCUCGCUCCUGAUUCGGAUGUAUCUGAUGGGCAACAGGGGCAGCCACGAAAGCGGAAUAAAAUCAGUGUAAAGGUGUGUGUCGAA